CUCCUCCGUAUUCCUGAACCGUUGAGCUGGACUUUGGCGUUCCGUCAGAGCAUCAUUGCUCGCACCGGCCACCGUUGACUUGCCCCCCUUCGCAUCCUCAAAUCUCUAUUUCCGCCUCAACAUGCUCCUUCUACGUUCGCUCAGUCUGUUGCUGGUUGUGAGCGCGUGCCCAGCGUUGUCUGCGUCACUCGGCCCCAACAGCAAUUCGCCCAGCAUCAGUCUUGGCCAAGCGACGGUGGUCGGCUCGUCCGCAAACGGCAUCGAGUCUUUCAGAGCUUUGCGAUAUGGCAAAGCCCCUGUGGGAAAGCUUCGCUUCAUGCCACCCGUGAAGGCUGAUGCACCCACCGGAGUGCUCCAAGCGACGCAAAAUCCACCCUCUUGUCGCCAGAUGCCGCUAAUACAACCACCCGCAAAUCCAUACACCGAUGCCAUUAAUAAAUUCUUCAACUCGCAGAACGACAGCGCCUUCGCCCAAGCAUUCGCACGUCUCAAUGCACCAACCAACGGUGGACAGAGAGGAAGCGAAGACUGCUUAUUUCUGAACGUGCACCGUCCAGCGGGCACUAAGCGAGACGCAAAGCUGCCAGUACUUUUCUGGAUGUACGGCGGUGGCUUUCAGUUUGGGUCGCUUGACAUCUACGAACCAACAAGCCUCAUUCAGCGCUCUGUCAGCCAGAAACAACCAUUGAUCUACGUUUCGAUCAACUACCGUGUCGCAGCUUACGGCUUUCUUGGCGGGCCAGAGAUCAAGUCAGCAGGUUCGGGCAACAUGGGAUUGCGCGAUCAGCGCCUUGCGAUGGAAUGGGUUCACGACAACAUUGCGGCCUUCGGUGGAGAUCCGUCAAAGGUGACCAUCUGGGGCGAGUCAGCCGGCGCCAUCUCGGCUGGACUGCAUCUCGUGUCGCGCGGCCAGACAAGCUCGAAGGGGCUGUAUCGCGCUGCCAUCAUGGAGAGCGGAAGCCCCUACGGUCUCGCCAAGACAGAGGAUGUUACUCGGCCCAUCGCAGUACUAUCGGGCGCCGCGGGAUGCAACAGCGCUCCCGCAGGACGGCUUGCUUGCUUGCAGGCCCUCAGCGCAGACGCGCUAGAUAAUGCAAUGAAUCAAGUCCCCGGAUUGGGGACCUGGUCCGGCGUGACCCUAGCAUGGCCACCGACUGUCGACGGAGAUUUUAUUCCUGACACUCCCGACAAUCUCGUCGCACAAGGAAAGUUCAAUCAAGAUGUCGCGAUAAUCAAUGGGGACAAUGAGGAUGAGGGUACCAUCCUGACCACGCCUGCGGUCACCCCAAACACGACGGACGACGCGGGAUUCAAGCGUUGGGUUCAAGAAGUCCUCUACACCGAUGUUUCCGAGGCGGAUUACCAGCAACUUGCCAAAUAUUACCCAAAUAAUCCUGCUGACGGCAGUCCGUAUGGCACAGGGCUGUACGGUGCUCUGAGUUCGCAGAACAAACGCGUUGCUAGCAUCUUUGGUGACGCUACGUUUCAAGCCCCUCGCAAGCGUCUCCUAAAGGAAGUACAGAAGUAUCAGCCGCGCAACACGUUCUCAUAUAACUUCAGAGGUUUCAAGUAUGUUUUCCUGAUCGGAUCCUUCCAUGCCUCGGAGCUACUCUACACGUAUGGAUUUGUCAACACUCGACUCACCGAAGAGUUUCAGUCUAGAUUCAUCGCUUUCGUUUCUACCUUGAACCCUAAUUUCAACAACGGACAGCUCGCCUGGCCCGUCUAUGGUCAAGAUAGAAAGGUAUUGACGCUCGACGAGCUCACAACGACGGUGCAGCCAGACAACCAGCGCGAUGAGCCUCAGGCAUUCCUCGGUAGCCUCGCGUUCAGGGGUAUCGGGCCCAAGUACCGAAUCUGAUGCGAAGGAUGACUGGUCACCGGUCGGUAUGCUGCUCUUCUACUUUGCAGCACCUGUGCCACACUCCAGCUCGACUGCAUGACUCCUCGCUGAAGCUAGGAUACCAUGCUUCUC